AUGGAACGCGACGGGUCCAGCGCUUCGAGGCCCCUCUUCCCUCAGGGACCCAGCUUCACCCUCGACGACUUCUCCAACAAGGACUUCAUCGUCGGCGAUUUUGUCGACUCGCUCGCUGAGGCUGCUAUCCCCGCGAGCCGCCGAUCCGGUCCGGCGCAUCAUGCCUUCGACCCAAAACCGUUGAUUAGGGGGUUCGAGAACGCUCUGGGGCGGUUAAGUGCACUCUCGGAGGAGCUUCAAGAAAAGGAGUCGGAACUUCUCUCGCAAGUUCGCCGUGCCGAGAUCCAACAUGACCAGACCCUCGAAACCCUCGGUCGCAAACUCGACCAGUCCAUGGACCAAUUCGAGGCCCUGGACUUAACCCUCAAUAAUCCGAGCACGACCACCAAUGGGAACAGCCGCGCAGAUGGGGGAGGGAAUAUUGCCGUGCAGAUCGGCGAGAAACUUGAGGAACUCGACAGGAAAAGGAGGAAAGCGCAGGACGCCAACUUCUUGAUCCAAUGCUGGAUGGAGGUGAUGGAGACGGGCCAGCUGACGUCGCUCGAGGAAAUACAACGGCAGGGUGGCGCCGAGAACAAGGUGCGGUGCGCUGUUAUUGCGCGCCAGCUAAUGCGCAUUAGCCAGCGUCUCGACCUGGCAUCGUGGGGCCAGUCGACCAACGGGUUUCGGGGGAACGGCGUGACCAACGGUGUCACAGGGACGAACCGGCGUCACAACACGAGGGAAGCCCUUGAGAAGUUCUCGGAGUUGUUGGAACAGGAUCUGCUCAAACAGUUCAACAACAGCUACCGCCGUCAGAACUUUGACGAUAUGAUGGAGUGCGCAAGGGUGCUCCACGACUUUAAUGGUGGUGCCAGCGUCAUCGCUGCUUUUGUCAACCAGCACCAGUUCUUCAUUGACCGGGACCAGCUCAUCACAGACGAAGUCACUACCGACGGGGAGACGUGGGAUCAGCUUGCCGACCCCGACUCGGACCCGCCGGGCGUUGAACCCAGUCUGCAGUCGCUGGUUGACGAGGUCAAGAUCGUUAUGCAGGAAGAGUCCUUCAUCAUUAAGAGGGCGUUCCCAUACUACGAAACCGUUUUGAUCAAGUUCAUCCAGCGCGUCUUUCAGCAGUCCAUCCAGCAGAGGUUAGAAAUGGUUCUGGACAAGGCGACCACCAUCUCGAGUCUGGCUUUCCUUCGGUCGUUGCACUCAUCGCGCGCUUAUAUCAGCGCCCUAGUCGAGGACCUCAAAACCCACGGCCUGACCGAGCAUCCCGAGCCUUGUUCUGCACAAAUAUCUCAGACCCUGGACCAGCAAUUAGAAGAGUUGUUUGUCCCGUACCUAAUCGGCAACUCGUACAUCGACCGCGAGCGGCGGAGCCUGGAAGAAAUGUACAACUCCCUACUUUUCAAGUUUACCAUCUACCACUCGAGGCGGAAGAAGACACCAACGGGGUUUAUGGCUGCCAUUGCCCAACAGGGUACACAACUCAUUGCAUCGGCCAAGGACGCCUACAUGGAACGCUUAGACUCGUCCGAUCUCACGCCUACUCAGAAGCGAAUCAUGCUUCGCGUCGCCGGCGUUCAAGACAACAGCAGCAACAAGAACGACAUCGAGGUGUCUGAGCAGGACGGUAUCCUUAGCGUCGCCUACGCGAAGCGCAUGAUCGGGUGGCUCGCCGAGAGCGUCCGCCGCACCCUCGAGAUGGGCUCAGCCAGCGAGACACCCAAGGACGUCAACGUUCUCCUCAACCUGCUCCUCACAACCAUGGGCCAGGUUUAUGUCGAAACCGCCCUCGACGCGGCCCUCGACCAGGCCACCUCCCAAGAAAACGCCAAAAACGAACCCGAUCUCUCCUACCUGCCCAACCUCCGCCCGGCCGUAACCAUCACCAACCUCAUGUCCCGCUUCAUUACCACCGUCCUGAUCCGCCUCGCCGAGGCCAACACCACAGUCCGCCGCAGCAUGGAAGCGCAGUCCAAGAUGGCCAUCGAAGCCACCGAGCGCAAAGCCAACGCCGUCAUCAAGUCCACCCUAGACGUCGCCGUCAACUGGACCACCAAGCUUCUCGCGCAGCAAAAGAAAGCCGACUUCCGCCCCAAGGACAACGACCUCGAAGGGGUCGUCGAGGCGCUGCAAACCCCCACCUGCCAGGCGAUAUCCACCUUCCUCGCCUCCAAGGUCGCGCUAUCCGCGCGCCAGGCCGUCGACGGCCACAACCUCGAGAUAUUCUCGUCGGAGCUCGCCCUGGCCGUGCACCGCCUCCUGUUUGAGCACUUCAAAAAGUUCCAGGUCAACGCCACCGGCGGCCUCAUGGUCACCAAGGACAUCGCCAAGUAUGUCUCCACCGUCAAGGACUGGCCCCUCCCCAAGGAGGUCGAGCAGACCCUCGAGCUCCUCACCGAGGUCGGCUACCUGUUCAUCAUCGGGCCCGAGGCCCUCAAGGAGCGCUCCCGCAACCUGGCCGCCGGCUCCUCCGCCGGCGCGGGGGGCGGGAAGCGUCUGGGUAAGGCGGAUUUUAAGGCCUUUGUGCAGAAGCGUGAGGAUGCCUCUAGUGCGGGUGUGCAGGGCGUGUUGGCGGGGUUGUGA